AACAUGUGUAAUCAAAAGUUACUAAUUCUGACCCUAAACCAACUUUUUUUUAAAGAUAUAAGAAAGUGUCCACUCUAUUUAAUACUAUUUUUUUUUGCUACAUUUCAUGCUUGAAUUUAUAAAAAUUCAAUAUGAUGCUUUGUCGCUAAUCUUAUAAAAACAUAGUUCAUGUGUCAUAUAGAUUUCCUAACCUAAAAAGAGCAUUAUGUACAAUAUUAUGUAUAAAACAUCGUGAGCAUCAAUAAUAUUAUAAUCUCUAUCAUGACAGAACAAGAAGUAAUGCCAGACAUUGAAAUGGACGAAACUAGUGAUGUGGAUAGUGGUGAUGAUUGGAGUGAAACUAAUGAGGAUGUUCAAACUAUUAUAUGUCUUUUUUGUAAGGAUACUACAGAUGGUAUGACAAAUGCAUUGAAGCAUCUUGAAGUGCUUCAUAAUUUUGCUUUAAGAAAUUUUAUAACAAAACAUUCUCUUGACUCAUAUUCGUAUAUAAAGUUAAUCAAUUUCAUUCGUCAAAAGAACAUUCAACCAGAACAGUUAAAUACUUUAUGUAUAAAAGAUUGGCAGGACGAUGAAUAUUUAUAUCCUGUUAUAGAAGACGAUCCAUUGUUAAUGUACGAUAUCGAAGAUUUAGAAAACAAACCUGUAAACACUAUUAGUUACACUGUAAAUUCAGAAAAUGGGUGCGUUACUUUAUCGGAAGUACAUUUUGCUGAACUACAAAGGACCAUUCAGACACUUAAAGCACAACUAGAACAACGUGAAUUAGCAUGCUUUUUAGCUAAACAGCAAGUAAAUGAAAUGAUAGAAAAAGCACAAAAAUUAGUUUUGGAUGAUGAACAAGAAAACAUAGAGAAAAUAACUGAUAAAAAGCGUGCUUCACGUACAGAUGAGGGAUAUUUUAAUACAUAUAGUCAUUUUGCCAUUCAUCAUGAAAUGUUAACAGAUAAAAUACGAACAGAAAGUUAUCGUGAUGCAUUGUUUACAAAUUCCAUUAGAUUUAGCAAUUGUAUAAUGUUGGACGUAGGUUGUGGGACAGGUAUCCUGUCUAUGUUUGCAGCAAAGUCUGGUUGUCGUAAAGUUAUCAGUGUUGAUCAGUCUGAUGUAAUAUAUCAUGCUAUGGAUAUUGUAAGAGAGAACAAUUUAGAUAACAUUAUUACAUUAAAAAAAGGUCGCUUAGAAGACAUUACACUUGAAGAAGAAAAAGUAGAUGCAAUUAUUUCUGAAUGGAUGGGAUAUUUUUUAUUAUUUGAAGGAAUGUUAGACACAGUCAUUUAUGCAAGAGAUCAUUAUUUAGUUGCUAAUGGUAUAUUAAUGCCAAAUAGAUGUUCAAUGAGUAUAGUUGGAAGUGGAGAUACACAAAGAUAUGUAGAUUUGAUUGAUUAUUGGUCCAAUGUUUAUGGUUUUAAAAUGAGCUGUAUGAAAGCUGAAGUUUUGAGAGAACCAAGCAUAGAAAUUUGUAGGUCUGAAUAUAUUAUAACUACUGCUGCCGAGAUUCAGACAUUUGACUUAUAUACAGUGUCUACGGAUUGUGUAAACUUCUCAGCACCUUUUAACUUAAUUGUAAAGAAGACUGGAUCAUUGACUGCAAUAAUUGGUUACUUUGAUGUAUUUUUUGAUUUAGAAAAUUCAGUCAGUUUUAGUACUGGUCCAAAUGCUUCACCGACGCAUUGGAAACAAACAGUAUUUUCUUUAAAAGAACCUAUUAGCAUAACUGAAGGUGAAGUUUUAAGUGGUAAAUUGGUAUGUCGCAGGCAUAUCAAAGAUGUUCGUGGUUUGAUCAUUACCAUCCACAUCAAAGAUUUUAGUCAAGUUUAUUAUAUGGAUUAGAUAUAAUAUAUGCUUUUGCAUUACAAGUCUAUUAAAAAAUUUGUAUCUUUAUCAAAUUAAUAUUCUUAGUAUAUUUAUCCAA